CUCCAGCCGUCGUUGACCAAAACACUAUCAGAAGACCUUGUGAGCUGUUGAGUUGUUGAGUUGUUGAGUUGUUGAAGCAACAACAUAGUGUACUACUGACUUCCCGCUUUUAUCUGCCGUCUUUCUCUUCUCAUUCUUCACUCCUUUUCCUCUCCUCUCGAUUCUCUCUACUUCUUUCUCUCUCUGCGCAGUCAUGGCCGUCACAGAUGUUGGAGAAACAAUCUUGGCUAAAGAUGGGGGACAAACGGUAAUGCCAAUACUUUUCAAACUAAACCGUUGGCAAUGGUGGCUUUUAGUGGGACUCAAUAUUUUCUUCCUUGUAGCCGGACAAACUGCUUCUGUACUUUUAGGAAGAUAUUAUUAUGAUAAGGGUGGCUCCAGCACGAUUAUGGCCACCCUUGUUCAAACUGCCGGGUUUCCUAUUCUUUUUAUCCCGCUCCUAUUUCUUCCAGCUUCCGAAAAUUCUCCAACCCCUUCUGACUCACUCUCCGGAAAGUAUAUUUGCUUAAUUUACAUCGGUCUAGGAAUAGUUCUUGCUGGGGACAAUUUUUUGUACUCUUACGGACUCUUAUAUCUCUCUGCCUCAACGUAUUCUCUCAUUUGCGCUACCCAAUUAGCUUUCAAUGCUAUCUUUGCUUACUUCAUCAAUUCUCAGAAGUUCACCCCAUUGAUUCUGAAUGCUGUAGUCAUUCUUUCAUAUUCCGCUGCUCUGCUUGGGGUUAACGAGAGUUCUGAUGCACCGGAAGGGGUAACCAAGGGACAGUAUGCCAUUGCAUUUCUGUGCACCAUUGGAGCUUCAGCUGUUUACUCGCUAUUGCUUUCACUGAUGCAGCUUACCUUCCAAAAGGCACUGAAAAAAGUAUCGUUCUCUGUUGUUUUAGAGAUGCAAAUCUAUCCAUCAAUUGUUGCAAGUAUUGUUUCUGUUGCUGCUCUAUUUAUAAGUGGGCAGUGGCAGACAUUGGAAGGUGAAAUGAACGGUUUUCACACCGGGAAAGUUUCUUAUGUGAUGACGUUGGUUUGGACCGCUGUAUGUUGGCAGGUUUGCUCAGUUGGUGUUGUAGGGUUGAUCUUUUUGGUAUCUUCAUUGUUUUCAAAUGUUAUCAGUACCGUGGCAUUGGUUGUUGGUCCUAUCGCUUCAGUCAUAGCCUUCCAUGACAAGAUGAAUGGUGUUAAGAUAAUUGUUAUGCUUCAAGCACUUUGGGGAUUUGCUUCUUAUCUCUAUCAGAAUUACCUUGAUGAUUCUAGAUCAAACGAGUUACGGAGACAAAUGGAUGCUAACGAGACGAGGGUUGCUGCUUGUUGAUACAGUUUAUGAAAGUUGCAAAGAAAUGAAAUACUAGUAGAGCAUUAUUUUCUGUAGAUGGGCCAAAUGGUCAUCCUGUAUUCACUUUUUUUUUUAUUAUUAUUUAUUUAUUAGGCAUUCUCAACACAUUUAGAAACUAUGCAAAAUAAUAAUCAUGGGUUAGUAUAUUAACCCAUGAUUAUAGUUCUCUAUAUUACAGUAUUCUAUAAAUUAUUCUUUCGAACUGCUGGAAGAAUGAUUUUUUUUUCA